AUGGAGCUCUAUGGCAGGUCGUCUGCAGGCAUUGCGGUCCCAGUCCGCAACUCAGACCGUGGGCAGGGUAACGGCUGGAUGGGAGUUCGUGGCGCUCGCAUCCGCCAACUUCUCAGAGAUGAGGUUCGCCGUUUGAAUCCUCCGGAUGUCAAUAGCUCCCGUACGUCGGCCGAAAACUCCGGUAUCAUUCCGACUACUGCCCGGAGCCCGGAGGACACGAGCAUCAGGCUAUCUCCAGAACCCAAAUUCCUUCUCAUUAGACAUUGGAGUCUUUACGACAGCAUGCUCCAUUCGCCCUACCUAUUUGCCCGUCUAAAGACGUGGAGUGAGACUGGCUUAAAACGGCUGCACAAGCUGUUGGCCAAGAUGGGCGUGAGCCUUGUCCAAUGCAAACAGAGCUACACCCACAUGGAUAUGAUGCUCAAACGUGAGCUUCGAGCCAAGCUCCUAAAAUACGCUUCUCUCUACAACUUGGAUGACAUGGUCCCUGCGGUAGACACCGAUGGCAAAGACCGCGCUGGCGCCAAGGAUGGCUGGGGUUUCGUUCGAAGUUGGGGUUGGCGAGCUACACUGAGCGCACAGGAUGUUGGUGUUGUCAUCGGCGCUCUGCUAGAAGUCGGCAAACAUGCAGAUGGCACGGAGCUGGCUCAUCCAAUCAAAGAUUCUCAAAUCGAGGAAGGCAAUGACGAAGAUAUUGUCAACGCACAGAGCGAAGAGUGGGUUAGCCGGUUCUGGGAAGCGUAUGAUGCCCUCGAAAACAUCGAUGAUCUCAAGUCGGGGUUGCCGACUGCCCAAUUUCUACACCGCGCCAUUUAUCGCACUGGCACUUCGCUCAUAAAUAAGAAACAAAUCAAGCAUCUGCGGGCGUUCCGCAUGUGUGUGGUCAAGGAGGGUCCUGACGUUCCCGUUUUUGGUCAUCCAGCUGCCCUUACCAAGCUAGCCCUCUGGAUCGGUGAGGCUCUUGUGGAGCAGGAGAAGGAUGCUACAGGUCGCCUCUCUCAUGGCGGCCGCGGUACUCCCCUAGUUGUCGCUAGUCUGAACGACAAACGCGGCGUGUACCUCGUUGUCGGAACAGGCGGCGGCGGUGGGCCGGACUCGACCUUUCUCGACCGUGAGGCGGCAAAGAAACGAAAGGCAGCCAAGGACGAAAGGGCCAAACGAAAGGAGGAUUCUCGGCGAAACCAGGAAAAGAUUCGCGAAGAAAAAAAAGCUGCUCGCCGAGCGGCAGGGCAGGAUGAUGAGGACGAUGAUGAGCUCGAUACCGAAUCAGAGGCAUCAGACGGGUCCGAUUCGGACGAGGCCGAGGACGAGGACGGGCCCGCUAGAGACAGGGGAUACGGCUUGAACCGAUUCGGCUCCGCGUUUCAGGAAGUUGUCGCGGAGACCAACGCUCGGGUUCGAAUUGACAGCUUUGAGCAUUGCGUGGUGGAGGUCAAGAAGGAGGAUCUAGGGGCAUUCUUGGAAAGUCUAAGCAUGAAAGCCGUAGUUGGUUAA